AUGGAGUACCGCAACAAGAUGGUGCUCGCGCCCAUGGUCCGCGCGGGUACUCUGCCGUUUAGGCUAUUGGCUGCUGAAUAUGGCGCGGAUAUUACGUACGGAGAAGAAAUAAUAGAUCAUAAGUUUGUGAACUGUCAACGCGUUAUAAAUGAAUCUCUUGGGACAACUGAUUUUGUGGAGAGAGGGACUGAUAGUGUUGUUUUCCGAACAUGCCCGCAAGAAAGGGACAAGGUUGUCUUUCAAAUCGGCACGUCAGAUGCUGUGAGAGCACUUAAAGCUGCUGAGAUUGUGUGUAAUGAUGUCGCUGCUAUAGAUAUCAACAUGGGUUGUCCAAAGGCUUUUUCUGUCAGUGGAGGAAUGGGUUCUGCAUUACUCUCCAAACCUGAGCUUAUACAUGAUAUUUUGACCACAUUGUGGAGGAACUUGAACACACCAGUGACAUGUAAAAUCCGUCUACUGAACACACGUCAGGACACUGUGGAAUUGGCACGCCGGAUUGAGAAAUGUGGUGUUCCAGCUCUGGCUGUCCAUGGAAGAAAGGUCAAAGACAGGCCAAGGGAUCCGGCUAAGUGGGAUGAGAUUGCUGAUGUUGUAUCCGCACUGUCAAUUCCAGUUAUAGCUAAUGGGAAUGUAUUUGAGUACGAAGAUUUUAAGAGAAUCAAAGAUGCUACAGGUGCCACAUCUGUAAUGGCUGCUAGAGGUGCCUUGUGGAAUGCCUCCAUUUUCUCUGCUAAAGGCAAAGUACCUUGGGAGGAUUUCAAAAGAGAGUAUGUGAGAAAGACUAUUUUGUGGGACAACGAUAUUAAGAGCACAAAGACAACGCUAAGAGAAAUCAUAAUGCACUACAUUUGCCUUGAAGGGACUGAAGGGAAAGGUGUGAUAAAGUGUGGUUCGUCAGCAGAUGUAGCGAGACUUUACGGGGAAGAGGAUUACUAUAAUUUUGUUGUUUCAAAUAGGAAAUGA